UUAUAGGAAUAGGAAUAGCUAGUGAUAAGGUUAUGUUCUUUAUUUUUAUAUCAUGUGUUUUCCAUGUCUGAUUUAAAAAAUAUAUUUUUAAUAUGAAUAAUUCUGAAAAUACGAGAAAAAAGAAAUGGACGGAGCAAGAACGACUUGAAUUGGCGGCAAAGCUAGACAGAGAAUUAGAUGAAUUUAUUGAAAAUUUACCAAGAAAGAAAUAUGAAGAUGGUUGGCCAGAGGACCGGUGGGAAGAAGAAAUGGCCAAACAUCCUUUUUUUAUGAAAGAACCACCAAAACCAGGUGAUGAAGUUCAUCCGCUUUUUGAGGGUCUUCAGAAAUUGAAAUAUGAUCCUGAAGAAAAUGAACCUGAUGAUCUAGCAAUUAGUUACAAAGAAGAUGGUAACUUUAAUUUUAAAUACAAAAAUUAUAGACUGGCAGUUUUGUCAUAUACAGAAGGCAUUAAGGUCAAAUGUGGUAAUCCAGAAAUAAAUGCCACUUUAUUAAACAAUAGGGCAGCAGCACAUUUUUUUCUAAAAAACUAUAGGUCUUCACUUCAAGAUUGUGAAUUGGCACUUAAAAUAAAGCCGAACUAUGAGAAAGCAUUAGUUAGAGCUGCAAACUGUUGCGUUGAAAUGAAAAACUAUAAAAAAGCAAUUGACUACUGUGAUAUUAUUUUAAACAAGGAAAAAGAUAAUAGAAUUGUAUUAGAUUUGAGAAAAAAAUGUGUUAGUGCCGCAAAAAUUAAAGAAAGAGAUGAGAGAAAGAGGGAACAUCAAGAAAAGAAAAGAAAUGAAGAAGAAGAUGUAAUAAUUAAUGAAAUUAUUAAAAGAGGAUAUAUGAUAGAAGGAGGAACGAGAGGAAAUCUCUCCUUAGACAAACUUGAACCACAUUUUCCUCAAUUGGUACAUAAUCGAGUUCAUUUGGAUGAAACAGGAACCCUUGUUUGGCCUGUAGUUUUUGUUUAUCCAGAAUAUAAAAUCAUGGAUUAUAUCCAAGAAUUUGAUGAAAAUCAAACGUUUUCUGAACAAAUAGAGGCAAUGUUUAAAUCUCCACCUGAUUGGGAUGAGCAAAAAAAGUAUAUACCUAAUCAAUUAAAUAUAUAUUUUGAAACGUCCAGAAAUAAAAUCAGGCUUAUAGAACAAACCAUGACACUAGGAAAUGUUCUCAAAAACAAUGAGUACGUUAUUAGAGGAGGCACCCCAUCUUUUAUUAUCAUGGUCAAGGAUAGCUCAGCAGAAAAACGUUUCUUAGAAGAAUAUUAAUCUGGUUUUUAAUUCAAUAACAAUUAAUUUUGAUGAUGCAUAAAUCAUACAUUAAAAACAUGAUAAACAAUAAA